AUGAAUAGAGGAAAGAAUAAAAAGAUGGUAAAUGUUUCUGUAAGCAAUGAUUAUGAUUUAAAAUAAUCUUAUUCAAUAUUAAAAUUAUAAAUGGAAGAUGAUGGAAAAGUAAGUAUUUCAACAAAUAGAAGAUUGAUUAGAACAUUUUCAGGUAAAAUAAUAAAAAGUUCAUAAUAAUAAUAAUAAUAACAAUAAUAAUAAUAAUCUUUUAUUAAUUCAGCUUAAUAUUUCUUUCAUCCUCCAUUUAAAAUACCUACACCUUUACAUUAAAUUACAUUAAAGAAAUCAAUAAAAUCUAUUAUUGUUAAAAUACCAGAUAAAACUAUUCCAAAAAAAUAAACUGCCACUAGUGAAUUAAUCAGAAAAAAAAUAUUAAAUGCAUAAAGAAAGAGUUCUAUUCUAACCAAAUAUAUUCCUACCAAAAUCUCUAUUGAACCUAAAAUAUCAUAUUAAAAAUUAUUUUAAUCCUCUAAUCAAUCUAAUUAUCAUCCAAAUCAUAAUAAAUCACAACAUAAUCCCAAUCAUAAUAAUUCCAUUACUUUUGAUUCACAUUAUAUUUGA